GUUUCGAUCGAAUUCCGAUGCGAUGCGGUUCAUAGUAUCAAUUUUCGUGAUUCGCUUACUUACUUGCUGGGUUUUCCGUAGGAGGAGAACGAGCCGGCGUUACGUCGUGGAUAUCUUAUCAAUCUACUGAUUAUAUAAUGAGAUAACAUACACUUUACCCAUGUUAAAUUAAUAAUGCAUAGUGCCUAGACACUCUCGGUCGCAGAAUUAACCUUUUUCUUCUGAAGAUAUUAUCAAGUUGAAACAAGAUGGGACAGAGCUGUUGUACUAGCGAUGAUCCAAACGAACACCUUCCAUACCAGCAACAAGACACGAUAAUUUAUAUAGAUGGACGUGAAGGUAAAUCAAGAGAUUUUUUUUUUACAUUUCAAAUCAGAAACAUGAGAAAAUUUGAGAGAUUACUCUCCCUUUGUAUGUUUCAUUUCUGAAGAUCAUUUCACCUCGAUAAAAUAGCAAUCAAAGGCGAACUCGUGUAUUUAAUUUUCAAGUACGUGAUCUUCGUCUCUCUCUCACGUGGUGAAGUGAUCAUGGAGAGGAAAAUUUGCACUUUUUACCAUCUACUAGAAGGUACAUACAUCCAGGUAUCGUUGAUUGUAAUCGUCCUAGUUUCUGUGGGCCUGAAAGAACGUUGGCAACGAUCAUCUCCAAACAUUUCCACCAGUGCGUCAAGUUAGCUGCCAACUUGAUUUCCGAGGAACUGAAACUAGGAGGGUCAGAAUCAACUGCACCCAGGUGUUCGUGUAUUGUAUACAUAUGCUCGUACAUACACUUGCAUACAAACGUGUUAACGGAUCCUAAAGAUAAGAUAGGGGUUUUCCCUAGAGAUGUGGGGCAAGUCGAGAAUCUCAUUCUGAUAAGAAAUUAGUCUGGUUGGUGUGAUUCUACAUUGCGGAGGUGCAUUUUAUUGAGCGAGAAGAAAAUUUUUCACAAUGUCAGCCUACAGAUGGGUCAGCCGUUCUGCAGGACGUCCUCUGCCCGAAACUGCUAUCCGGGGAGGAAGAGAUCAAGACGGAAGUGAAAUUUACGUAGGGCGGGCUUUUCACGAGGGAGACAUGAUUCCUGCAAAAAUAAUACCUGCUAAAGGGAUAGCCUUUGUAUGUUGGAACGGCCAAGAGCAUCCUAAGGACGAAUACGAGGUACUGUGCCAAGGCGAGUUUGCUUGGGAAUUUUGCAGUGCCGGGUCUAUUCCUCCGGAUGGUGUUGUCGCGGGACAAACUGCCGACGGCGAGCCUCUCUACGUUGGACGCGUCCUUCACAAAGGAUCUCAAACCAUUGGCAAGGUCCAAGCGAGUCACGGUUGUCUUUACAUCCCCUUCGACGGCGAGGAGCUUUCAUUCACGGACUACGAAGUAUUGGUUCUCCAUUAACAUCAAUCGGAAGGAAUUACAAUUGCAUUACUCGAAAAAUUAUUUUCUAUUCGUUCGCAAGUGACUAUUUAAUGA